GCAUUAUAUAUGUAAGCGAAAUGUGUUGUUAUUUCUUACAAUAUAGUCAUAUGUUAGUCAUUCAUAGUUGACGACUUUGUCGGAAACACAUGGCUAGCUCUCAUUUGAACCCCACUUACGAUCUUGAAAAUGCGGCCGCGGCCGCGUACACUCCCCUGCCGGAGCAACCCCAUUCCGCCGGAGUUCAGACCCGUGACCGGAAACCCUUCAAGGUCAUCUCCGGCAUUAUCCUCUCCUCACUUUUCCUGCUCGCUUUAAUCCUCGUGGCGGUAAAUUACCAAGCGCCACCAUCUCAGGCGCCGCCGCUUAGCAGCGGCGGCGACAAUUCUCAACAUCCUGCCCCGUCCGAAUCCGCGCAGCCGGCGGCUGUAAUCCCGCCGUCCAGAGGGGUGUCUCAGGGUGUUUCCGAGAAGGCGUUCCGGGGAGCCUCCGGCGCCGGCAACCGAGUCUCGUUUGCUUGGAGUAAUCUCAUGUUGAGUUGGCAACGAACGGGUUACCAUUUUCAACCUGUGAAGAAUUGGAUGAAUGAUCCUAAUGGCCCAUUAUACUACAAAGGAUGGUACCACCUUUUCUAUCAGUACAAUCCAGAUUCCGCUGUUUGGGGGAAUAUUACGUGGGGCCACGCUGUAUCAACGGACCUGAUUCAUUGGCUCCACCUACCAUUCGCCAUGGUUCCAGAUCAAUGGUACGACGUUAAUGGUGUCUGGACUGGAUCCGCCACCAUUCUUCCCGACGGUCGGAUCGUCAUGCUCUACACCGGCGACACCGAUGACUAUGUUCAGGUCCAGAAUCUUGCUUAUCCGGCCAACUUGUCGGAUCCUCUGCUCGUUGACUGGGUCAAAUAUCCGAAUAAUCCGGUGUUAUUCCCGCCGCCAGGGAUAGGUGUCAGGGACUUUAGGGACCCUACCACUGCAUGGACAUCUGGCAGUCAAAACGGUCAAUGGUUGGUUACAAUAGGGUCCAAGGUCGGUAAAACCGGUAUUUCACUUGUUUAUGAAACCACCAAUUUCACCAGCUUUAAGCUCUUGGAUGGAGUGUUGCAUGCGGUUCCGGGUACGGGUAUGUGGGAAUGCGUGGACUUGUACCCGGUUUCGACCACCGGAGAAUACGGGCUUGACACGUCAGCUAACGGGUUAGGUAUCAAGCACGUAUUAAAAGCUAGUCUGGAUGACGAUAAACACGAUUACUAUGCACUUGGAACAUAUGACCCGGUGAAAAACAAGUGGACACCCGAUAACCCGGAUUUGGAUGUGGGUAUCGGGUUGAGACUUGAUUAUGGGAAGUACUAUGCAUCCAAGACGUUUUAUGAUCAGAACAAGCAGAGAAGAAUCUUGUGGGGAUGGAUUGGUGAAACUGAUUUAGAAUCUGUUGAUCUCAUGAAAGGCUGGGCAUCUCUUCAGGCGAUUCCUAGGACCAUAGUUUUCGACAAGAAGACUGGGACAAACGUGCUUCAAUGGCCGGUUGAAGAAGUGGAAAGCUUGAGAUCAGGAGAUCCUAUAACUGCUAAGGCGAAUCUUGAACCGGGAUCUGUGGUGCCAAUCCAUGUUUCAGAGGGGACACAGUUAGACAUAACUGCUUCAUUUGAAGUGGAUGAAACCCUUCUUGAAACAACCUCGGAGUCCCAUGACGCUGGCUACGAGUGCAGUAAUAGCGGCGGCGCCGUUACACGCGGCAGUUUGGGACCGUUCGGGCUUCUGGUUGUCGCCGAUGAAAAACUUUCUGAGUUGACGCCUGUCUACUUCUACAUUGCUAAAGGCGCCGACGGGAAGACAAACACUCAUUUCUGCGCCGACCAGACCAGAUCAUCCAUGGCUUCUGGAGUUGAAAAGGAAGUAUAUGGUAGCGCAGUGCCGGUUCUUGAUGGUGAAAACUACUCUGCUAGAGUACUGAUUGAUCAUUCGAUAGUAGAGAGCUUUGCUCAAGGAGGAAGAACGGUGAUCACAUCAAGAAUUUAUCCAACAAAAGCCAUUUUUGGAGCUGCAAAAGUUUUCCUUUUCAACAAUGCUACUAAAGCUACUGUCACAGCAUCGGUGAAGAUGUGGCAAAUGAAUUCAGCGGAUAUUAAACGAUUCCCCUUGGAUGAGUUGUAGUCCCAUGAAAAAAUUGUUGUAUUUUAGUUUAUAUAUGUCGUUUUGAUUUCAUCAA